AAACGGAAGAUGGAGACAGAGCAUGUAGUAAUCCGUGCAUCUUUAUACCUGCCAUAUGUUUAUAUAUACUACUCUUAUUAGGUUUUUAUUCUUUUCGAGAUCUAGCGUCGGAAAGCCGCGAUUUUCUUGGAAAAUCGUAUUGGGAUUUUUUUGUUUCCUGAGAAAAUCUCCGGGCGGAAGUAUUUUCAAGUGUGCUCUAUACCUUCCCUUAGCAUUUUGACACCUACCCAACUUCAUCAAUUUUGCUUCAUUUUCAUUUUGGCGUUCCUCUCAAUCCCAAAACAGAGCUUUGAAUUUCAUGAAAGUUAGGAACAGAGCUCUAGAAACACCGGGAAUCUGAGAGUUCUGAGAGUCCUUCCAAAUCUUCAAAACCGUCUCAUUUAUUUUUAUCUUUCUGCCAACCAACAGUUUCAAAGCUUUUUGUCAGGUUUGAAUUUAUCGGUUUCAGUCAAUUUGAACCGUAAGCCAGACAAUCCGGGAUUGUAUGCUUUAAACUCGCCUCUUUACCGUCCAUCUGUCACAUGAACUUCGUUUUCAUCUUCUGGGUUUUGCUAUAAAACCGGCCUCGAGUGUUUGAGUUCCUCACAUUCACUCACUGAAGCAAGCACUAAGCACACUUGAGCUCACUCUCUUCUCUUCAGCACUCUGUUUUCAAUACUCUCUUCUCUUCAGCGCUUUGUUUUCAAUACUAUUUUCUCUUCAGCACUCUGUUUUCAAUACUCUGUUUCCUUUUCGUUCUUGUUUUCAAACCAAAAAAAGAAAAGAAAAAGAAAAUAAUGGCCAACUUUCUGAGCAUUUUCACAAUGAGAAACUUGCUUGUUCUGUCUCUGGCUCUUAAUCUGAGCUUGAUUAUGAGGGUUUUUUAUGAGACCGAGAAGCAUGGCCCUCGUGGGUUCUCCGCGCAGAAGGCUGACAGUGGGCUUGAGAAGGCAGCUCACGCAACCCAGAGGACCCUUGUGUCAUUGUCUUCUUCUGGUCAAGAUGACGGGGAGAAACUCAUCAACCUCGACCAUGGAGACCCAACUAUGUAUGAAAGUUACUGGCAGCAGAUGGGUGAAAAGACCACAGUUGUGAUCCCUGGAUGGCAGUCAAUGAGCUAUUUCUCAGAUGUGAAAAACCCUUGCUGGUUUUUGGAGCCAGAGUUUGCCAAGCAGGUUGUGAGGCUGCACAAUCUGGUGGGCAAUGCUGUCACAGAAGGUCGUCAAAUUGUGGUUGGCACAGGCUCAUCACAGCUCUUCUUAGCUGCCCUCUAUGCUCUGGCUCCAAAAGAUGCAUCUGAGCCUAUAAGUGUGAUUUCUGCAGCCCCAUUCUACUCUUCUUACCCCUCUAUGACUGACUACCUCAAGUCGGGCUUGUACAAAUGGGCAGGGGAUGCCCGGAGCUUCGACAAAGAGGGGCCGUACAUAGAGCUAGUGACCUCCCCCAACAACCCUGAUGGAUUUGUCAGGCACUCCAUGGUCAACCGAACUGGAGGUAUAUUGGUUCAUGACUUGGCCUACUACUGGCCACAAUAUACCCCCAUUUCGUCGGCAGCUGACCAUGAUCUGACUCUGUUCACCGUCUCGAAAGCCACCGGGCAUGCCGGGACACGCAUUGGCUGGGCUCUUGUCAAAGAUCCAGAAGUUGCCAAAAAGAUGAUCAAGUUCAUAGAGCUCAGCACCAUAGGCGUGUCCCGGGAUUCGCAGCUCCGAGCAGCUAGGAUUUUGGAGGUGAUCAUCAACUCCUCCCAAAACCCUGCUGGGCCGGAGUCCGGUGAAUCUUUCUUUAAGAUCAGCUAUCACCUCAUGGCAGAGAGGUGGCAGCUUCUUAGAGAGGCGGUGAACAAGGGCAGAUUUUUUAGUCUGCCUGACUUCCAGCAAGGGUUCUGCCAGUUCCUCAACCAGGUCUCGCAGCCUCAACCUGCUUUCGCAUGGCUCAAAUGUGAAGACGAAAGCGUGGAAGAUUGCGAAAGCUUACUCAGAGGUCAUAAGAUUUUAACCCGAGGAGGAAGGAGCUUUGGAGUUGGUCCAAGGUACAUCCGCGUGAGCAUGUUGGAUCGGGACCAUAACUUCAACUUGUUUUUGAAGCGACUGGCCUCGAUCCAGACAUGACACAGCGGAUCGAUCCUUCCUUCUCGGGUUAAAUCUUAGGGCCCAAGAUGGCUGUGGACCUGCAGCUGAGGAAGGAGAGGGGGAGUGUCAUGUUAGUGGUUCAUAUGUAGGAGUAGUAAUGGAAAGUAGUGUAGUUUGUAUUCAUCUUCUUUAUAUGAUACAAAUUUUUCAAUGAAAUUUACGCGACUCCAAAUCCAACCA